AUUCUGGAGGAGCUCUACGAGAACAUCGAGCCAAUUGACGAUUUCUUAGCCAUCAAGAUCUGCUUCCUCUAUCUGGAGGUAGUCCUGCUGCAGAAGGAGCCAGAGACAGCACUUCAGAUCUUGAACUUCCUGGAGAAGCCCAAUGCCUUUCACAGCCUCCUGAAGCCGGAGCGGAAGAAUUUGGCGGAAGCUCCGCGCCCGAUCGAAGAUGAGGAGGAGGUCGAGGGCGAACAGAUGAGGGAGGAGGAGGAGCAGCCCGUCGAAGCGGUGGCUGCUGCAGCUGCUUCUGCUACCACGGAGCAGCCGGAGAAGCCCGAAGGGCCGCUCCCGAGCCUCGUCUUCGGAGCGUUCCUUCAGCGGCAUGGCAGGGCGCCGGACGCGAUAUCCCCAAUCGAGUUCAAGUUCUCCUGCAUGACAUACAAGAUUC